GGCGCGCGGAGCGGCUCCGACAGGACGCGGGGUCGGAAAGGGACACCCGGCGGGAAGCUGGUCGCCGAGAGCCGGGGUGCAGGUUCUGGAGCCCCGGCUCCCCGCGCUAGAGUCAGCUCUGCUCGUCAGCCGGGGCGCGCCCCUCGGAGCCCGGCCACUCGCGGCCGUCGCCCGCGGAGCCCCGAGGGCCCCUCGCCUCUCCUGCACGUGCAGCGCCCUGCGCGCCCCGUCCGGCCGCCGCGAUGAGCGAGCUUAAUACCAAAACAUCCCCAGCAACCAACCAGGCACCUGGCCCAGAGGAAAAGGGGAAAGCCGGCAGUGCCAAGAAGGCUGAGGAAGAGGAGGAGAUUGACAUUGAUUUGACGGCGCCGGAAACAGAGAAGGCUGCCCUUGCUAUUCAGGGCAAGUUCCGGAGAUUCCAGAAAAGGAAAAAGGAUCCUAGCUCCUGAGCAACCAGCCUUGCCCUUCACUCUCUCCCUUCUCUCCCCUUUGCCGCAGUUCUGACUCCUGUGUCUCUUUGUCUUUUUGUCCCUCUAGGCUCUUGUUGAGGCAGGUUCAACCCUUAUAUAUUAUUUUCUCUGGUCCCCCCUCAAGCCAUCACAACAGUAGAGGCACAAGGAACGUGGGGCAAGAUGAAGAAUUCAUUUGGCAGCCCCUUGCCUAAGGGCGGACCCGCUUGUCCUCAGGAUAAGCCUCCUUGAUCGGUACUUGUGUCUGGCCUGUGAGGUUGCAGAGCAAGAGGCUUUGCGGUUAAGAGAGGGACCCCUGACAGUGGGGGAAGGGGGAGCCUUCAGAGUCGGGUGUCCGAGGACGGGCCUAGGCACUGUUCCGCCAGUCUCAACAGUCACACUUCGGGGAACGUGUUCUGCUCUUCACAGCCUCCCGCACCACCACAUCCACCUUCCCUCCUGUGAGCUUAGCGACAGUCGGGGCCAGAGCCUCCCUCCCCUCGAGGCAGACCCAGAUCAAGCACCUUCCACAUUAGUGCAUGCUGUGUAGUCGAGUUCCAAGCAAGGGAGCCUGGGACUGGUGGAGGCCACAGAAAGUCGCCUUCAUUGUCCAGUCUAGGGCGUCAGGGGCCGUGGCAGAAGAGGUUCAAAAGGCCGCGGGCAGGGAGACGGGCCUAGAGUAGAUUUGGGAGGAAAGAAAAAUAAGGGAGGGGAGCUUUCUAGAGACACAGCUGCUGCCAGUAGACGUGUACUAGACGAAGGAUUUCUGCCACCCUGCCUACCUCUAACCCCCCAAAGCUAGCCAUCCCUGGAGGCCACACCAACCAGCGACCCUGUAGUUCCCACCUACCCCACCGUGGAGUCAGAGCAGAAGUGAUUUGAGCAUGUUUCAUCAUGAUUAAAAAACCAAAAACCCAGUGGGGUCAUUUAACCUCUACCUUCUGUUUUUUCUUGGGAGGAAUGCAAAUAUAAGCCUGAGCUGGCCUCGGGGAGGGUGGGAGACGGACCACAUGGACCACACAGCUGCACAGGAACCGAACACUGCCUGAGCAACGUGUAGACUGCAGCCCACCCCUGCCUCCCUCCCCCCACCCACCUUACCCUCGCCUUGACUCACAGCCCCCGCGGUCUCUGUCUGCUGCUGUCACCACCCCCGUGCACACCUGCAAGGCUGCUCGCUGCCUUCCCGCUCACCUUCGGCUCAGAGCACACUUGGGAUCUAUCCCUUGGAAAACAAACCCAGCCUUCCUCGCUCCCUAUCCCUCAAUGCCCUGUCCUCGCGGUCCCUCCUGCUUUGUCUUCCUCCCACAUUCCCUCUCCCUCCCACUGUUUCUCUAACGUAGGGGAAGGAGAAGAUGAGUCUGGGUCAGUAGAGAGCACCACUGUCAUGCUGAAGAUCUUAAACCAUGAAUUAAAUAAAACAAUGGCAUUCAA